AUGUCAACUCUGAGAACCUCACUCCGCGGGAGCGUCCACAUGCCGUCCGACCUGCUCGGCGUGCGGGUCGAGGAGGAGCGCGACGCGCUCCUCAAGUCCCCACCCAGGCGUAGGCUCGCGCCCGAGCCGGAGGCGCCCUCCGUCCCCGUCUCGGACGGAAGCCCGCGCGGGGCCCGUUCCGCCCCCGUCUCAUCGGACGACACGAAGAGGACGACGCCCUCGCCGUCGAAGGACGGGGGCGCGCCGUCGCCCCCGCCGUCCGGGGAGGAACCCCGCGCGUCGCGCGACGAUCGUCCACCCCACGUCGCGGCUCAGACGCCCGACCACGUCGGCAGGGCCAGGGCGUACGAUGAGCUCGAGGCGAGCGCGAGCGGCGGCCUGGACCCGGCGUCGUUACGCGACGCCGCGUCCAAGUACUCCAUCCACGAACAAACCCUGGUCCCCGCGCCGCUUCCGUACGACGUUCCGAACGGCGUGAGGCUCCUGUGCACCGCCAUCGAGGGUCCCGACGGCGGCGACGACCUGCGCGACGCCCUCGCGCGCGCGUGCGAGCGCUUCAUCGACGCCCUUCCCACCGGCUGGAUCGUCCACCGCAACCCGCCGCGGUCGUACCACUCCACGGUGUUUCACACCGGGCACCCGACCGAUCCGAGGCCCCCGCGAGACGCGUACGACCUCGCGUUCGAGGUGAGGGAGGCGACGCAGCUCGUGGGUGGAACGACGCCGAUUGCGGUGGAGGUUGACCGGGUGGUCAUCGCGUCUUCGGGCGUGCUCCUCGCGCUGUUGCGGCACCCGGGGGGUGGGGAAUCGCCCGUCGAUGGGCUGAGGGCGAGGUGCCGGCGGCGGUGGCCCAGGGCGCCGCAGAGGCAGGCGACGCACGUGAUGCACGUGUCGCUGUGCCGGGUGCUGCGCGCGACGCCGCAGUGCGACGGGGCGCGAUGGGGGGAGGUGCUGGUACGGGUGCGGGAGGUCUCCGUGGAGUUGGCGGGGAUGAGGGCGCAGCUCGGGACGGUGUGGCACGUGCAGGAGAAGAUGCAGAUGACGUGCGGGGACGAGGAGGCCGGGUGCGUGGUCAAGAGGCUCAGGCUCGGGAAGGACCUGAAGUGA